AACUCCUGAACUCAAGUGAUCUGCCCACCUUGGCCUCCCAAAGUGCUGGGAUUUCAGGCAUGAGCCACCGCACCCGGCCUAGGUGUAAGAUUUGACUCCCUAAAAACUUAAAUAUGCCAGGUGCAGUGGCUCACACCUGUAAUUCCAGCACUUUGGAAGGCUGAGGUGGGCGGAUCACGAGGUCAGGAGUUCGAGACCAGCCUGGCUGAUAUGGUGAAGCCCUGUCUCUACUAAAAAUACAAAAAAAAAAUUAGCCGGGCUUGGUGGCACAUGCCUGUAAUGCCAGCUGCUUGGGAGGCUGAGUCAGAAGAAUCGCUUCAACUCAGGAGGCAGAAGUUGCAGUGAGCUGAGAUCGUGCCACUGCACUCCAACCUGGGCGACAGAGUGCGACUCCGUCUCAAAAAAAAAAAAAAAAAAAAAACUUUACUAGCAGCCUACUCUUGACCAGAAGUCUUACCAAUAACAUAGCCAAUUAACACAUGUUUUGUAAAUGUAUUAUAUACUGCAUUCUUACAAUAAAGUAAGCUGGGGAAAAUAUUAAAAUCAUAAAGAAAAGAAAAUAUAUUUACUAUUCAUUAAGUGGAAAUGGAUCGUCAUAAAGGUCUUCAUCCUCUUCAUCAUCAUGUUGAGUAGGCUGAAGAGGAGGAGGAAAAGGAACAAUUGGUCUUACUGUCUCGGCGGUGGCAAAGGCGGAAGAAAAUCCAUGUCUUCUGGAAUUUCUGAGCCGCCCUCGUCAGUACAAGAUGGACCCUGUAGUCUUGAGUUACAUGGACAGUCUACUGCGGCAAUCAGAUGUCUCACUAUUGGAUCCGCCAAGCUGGCUCAAUGACCAUAUUAUUGGGUUUGCGUUUGAGUACUUUGCCAACAGUCAGUUUCAUGACUGCUCUGAUCAUGUCAGUUUCAUCAGCCCUGAAGUCACCCAGUUCAUCAAGUGCACUAGCAGCCCAGCAGAGAUCGCCAUGUUCCUUGAACCACUGGACCUCCCCCACAAGAGAGUUGUAUUUUUAGCCAUCAAUGAUAACUCCAACCAGGCAGCUGGAGGAACCCACUGGAGUUUAUUGGUCUACCUCCAAGAUAAAAAUAGCUUUUUUCAUUAUGAUUCUCAUAGCAGGAGCAACUCAGUUCACGCAAAGCAGGUAGCAGAGAAACUGGAAGCUUUCUUAGGCAGAAAAGGAGACAAACUGGCCUUUGUGGAAGAGAAAGCCCCUGCCCAACAAAACAGCUAUGACUGUGGGAUGUACGUGAUAUGUAACACUGAGGCCUUGUGUCAGAACUUCUUUAGGCAACAGACAGAAUCACUGCUACAGCUACUCACCCCUAUAUACAUCACAAAGAAGAGGGGAGAAUGGAAAGAUCUCAUUGCCACACUUGCUAAAAAGUAGCUAUUGAAGUAUAUUUGCGACUUUUGAAGGCUCCUCUUUCUGCCCUUCCCCAUUUGUUGGAUGGCUGCAAUCUCAGUGCCUGAGGGAAGAUGCCUAGUAGAGGAAAGCUUAAUACUCUUUUUCCUGAAAGAAUAUCAUCCUCUGUGUUAUCCCCAUGGAAUGUUUCACUUUAACCCUGACUGGAGAGCAAUAUGUUCUGUGAAAAUAUCUUGAAACUGUACACCAAAACCUUACAACCAACUUAUUUGAACAUUUAUUAUACACAAGGUUUAAGUAAGACUUUUCUUAUUGGUAUAUAAUUAAUUUCCUUUGGUCUCCCUUAUCCACAUUGGCUUAUUCUGGAGGAAAAGCAGUGAUCUGUAAAACAAAUCAAGAAUAUAUUAAAUCUAGAGGAAUGCAGGAAAGAAAACUAUAAAACAGAACCAAAAACUUGUUGCACAGCCUACAUAAUUAAGAGAUCAACUGGCUGGAAGCAGAUCAAGGCCUAACCUCAUUCAAGACCUAAAUAUUAUGAGACUCAGUUAUUCGGUUUUGUGUGAUAUCUCUUCCAUUCACCAUGCACAGGCUUUUCCAGCUAUCUGUAUAACGUUUGCAAAUAUUUGAUAAAGAUGAUGUUACCCUAUCUUCCUCCAUCUGAUUCCUGGAAUGCUUGAAGAAAGGGGAAAUCUUGAGUAACCUCAUUAAAAUUAAUGUCUGGUGGACCUCUCA